UCGAUCGUAACCACUUCCGCUUCUAACCGGAAAAGCAACACACGUGUAAACAGUAGGGAGAUGCAGGCAUGCUUGUGGCUGUAAUAUGAUAACGUGAAUCAAACUCUUACAUUUCACUACAUAUGUGCAUCAGUUUUUAAUAAAGUAUAAUUGCGGAAGAAGAGUAAAGAUGGAAGGGAAGGAGCAGAAACAGCACAAGCAAAAGCAGCACCAGCAAAAGCACAGUGGGCCCAAAGCCCAAAAGAAAAACAGAAAGAAGGACAAGGGCUCUGAACAUGAGCAGGAUGAGCGAAAGAGGAACCCACGAGCAUUUGCUGUGCAGUCAGCUGUGCGUAUGGCAAGAACCUUCCACAGGACUCAAGACAUUAAAACCAAGAAACAUCACAUUCCUUUGGUAGACCGUACUCCUCUGGAACCUCCACCUGUUGUUGUAGUUGUGAUGGGUCCUCCAAAAGUUGGCAAAAGUACCCUUAUCCGCUGCCUGAUCAAAAACUACACACGGCAAAAGCUUUCUGACAUCUGUGGACCUGUGACUAUAGUAUCUGGUAAGAAACGUCGUCUGACUUUUAUUGAGUGCAAUAAUGACAUCAACACCAUGAUUGAUUUGGCAAAGGUUGCUGACUUGGUUCUGAUGCUGAUCGAUGCCAGCUUUGGCUUUGAAAUGGAGACCUUUGAGUUUCUGAACAUUUGUCAAGUUCACGGCUUCCCUCGCAUCAUGGGUGUCCUCACACAUCUGGACUCCUUCAAGAAUAACAAGACUCUUCGAAAAACAAAGAAACGCCUCAAACAUCGGUUCUGGACUGAGGUUUACCAGGGUGCCAAACUGUUUUAUCUUUCUGGAAUGGUGUAUGGAGAAUACCAAACGCAGGAAGUAAAGAACCUCGGACGCUUCAUCUCAGUCAUGAAGUUUAGACCUCUCUGCUGGCAGACCUCUCACCCUUAUGUGGUCGCUGACCGUAUGGAAGAUCUUACUGAUCCAGAGGCUAUUAGGUUAAAUCCCAAAUGUGACAGAACCGUCUCUCUCUACGGCUACCUGCGAGGAACAUUCUUGAAGAAUAAAUGCCAGGUCCACAUUCCCGGUGUGGGAGAUUUCUCAGUGUCAGACGUUAGUUUCCUUUCGGAUCCCUGCCCUUUACCAGAGGUGCUCAAAAAGAGGGCAUUAAAUGAAAAGGAACGGCUGCUGUACGCCCCCAUGGCCGGAGUUGGGGGAUUGGUGUAUGAUAAGGAUGCCGUCUACAUUGAUAUGCCCGGUGGCCAUGCCAAGCAGCAGCAGGAGGACGUGCGGCCCACCACUGAACUCGUUCAGUCUCUUAUUGGAACACAAUCCACUUUGGAUGCAAAAAUGGCUGCCAGCAAAGUGUCACUGUUUACAGGGACUGCUGCUCUUGCACCUGAGGAGGUGCAGGAAAGCGGAAAGCAGAGCCCUACGGAGAGCCGAGAAUGGGAUGCAAAAACUCAGAGAGAGCGAAGAAGAGCUGUUUUUGCUGAUGAAGAGGAGGAGGAGGAAGAAGAUGAUGAUGGUGAAAGCGAUGAGGAGGAAGAGAGUGAAGAAGAGGAGGACGAGAGUGACGAGGAGGAGGAGGAUGAUGAUGAAGAUGACGAAGACACUGAAGCGGGAACAGCGACGCCAGGAAAGAAAGCUGUGAAUAAGGCAGAACCUCCUGUGAAGAAGAAAAAGGUUGAGGAGCCGGUGGCAGAGAUGCCAGUUUUUGCUGAUAGCGAUGAUGAGCUAGAAAAGAGUGAAGACGAUGAUAGUGAAGAAGAGGAUGAUGACAUUGAAGAGGGGGGAGCUUUAAAAAGAGGCUCAGGUCCAGACUCUGGCAACUGCUCUGAGGAAGAUGAAGAUGAUGAAGAAUCGGAUAUGGAGGACGAAGAUGAGAUAUCAUCUAAGCAUCCAGAGGAUAAAGAGAUGGAUACAGAGGAGGAUGUAGAGAUGGGUUAUGAAACUGCAGGUGCGCUACGUUGGAAAGAAGGGUUGGCCCAGAAGGCAACAGAUGCGUACUUAAGACAACAGCGUGCAACCCCUAACCUGCGCAAGUUAGUGUACGGCACAGUGGUGGAGGUGCAAGAAGAGGAGUCUGAGGAAGAGGAACUGGGUGGUUUAUUUAAAGUCAGUCGACCAGAGAAGAAUAAGAGAGUACGAGCGGAUGCGAUGGACUGCUCUCGCUUUCAGCCGGACAGCAGCCAUGAUUGGGACCAGAAAGAGAUGCUGGCCUCUAUUAAAGACUGUUUUGUGACUGGCAAAUGGGAAGAGGACAAAGAUGCUGCAACACUGCUUAAGGAAGAUGAUGAACUCUAUGGAGAUUUCGAAGAUUUGGAAACAGGAGAAGUUCACAAAGCAAAAACUGGAAAUAAAGACCAAACUGAGGGAGGUAGUGAUGAUGAGAUGGGUGAUGAUGAUGAUAAUGAUGAUGAAGAGGAGGAGGCUCCUCUUGUGAAAUUUGAUGCAGAUGAAGCUCAGAAGAACAAACGUAUGGAAAAGAAAAGGAGGCUGAAGGAGAGAUUCGAUGCAGAGUAUGAUGACGGGGAUGCCACUUACUUCGAUGACCUGAAGGAGGAGAUGCAGAAACAGGCAGAGCUAAACAGGCAAGAGUUUGAAGAUGUGGAUGAUGAAGUUCGUGUUCAGUACGAGGGUUUCAGGCCUGGCAUGUACGUACGCGUGGAGAUUCCUGCUUUACCAUGUGAGUUCGUCACCAACUUUGACCCUCAUUAUCCUAUUUUACUCGGCGGUUUGGGAGCCAGUGAGGGCAACGUAGGCUACUUGCAGAUGCGUCUAAAGAAACAUCGUUGGCACAGUCGUAUCCUGAAAACCCGUGACCCUCUCAUCAUGUCUCUGGGCUGGAGACGCUUUCAGACCAUCCCCCUCUACUACAUCGAGGACCAUAAUGGACGUCACCGCCUGCUGAAAUACACACCUGAGCACAUGCACUGCGGUGCCACCAUCUGGGGACCUAUAACACCUCAGGGGACAGGUUUUUUGGCUGUGCAGUCUGUUGCAGGCACUCAGGCCAAUUUCCGCAUCGCAGCCACCGGUGUCGUUCUGGACCUCGACAAAUCAGUUACUAUUGUGAAGAAGCUCAAACUGAUUGGAUACCCUUAUAAAACCUUUAAGAACACUUGCUUCGUCCAGGGAAUGUUCAACACCGUCCUGGAGGUGGCAAAGUUUGAGGGCGCGUCCGUCCGCACCGUCAGUGGUAUUAAAGGGCAGAUAAAGAAAGCCCUGCGGACGCCGCCGGGUGCCUUUAGAGGAACGUUUGAAGACAGAUUACUGAUGAGCGAUAUUGUGUUCCUACGCUCCUGGUAUCCCGUCUCGGUUCCCAAACUGUAUAAUCCAGUGACGUCUAUGCUAAUGCCUGUUGGAAAGAAGGACACGUGGACCGGUAUGAGAACCGUUGGACAGCUGAAGCAUGACCUGGGCAUCCGGAACAAACCAAACCAGGACUCCUUGUACAAGCCGGUCGUGAGGCAAGUUCGACAUUUUAACCCUCUCCACAUUCCCAGAGAGCUGCAGAAAGCCCUCCCCUUUAAGAGCAAACCCAAACAGCAGCAGUCCAAGGGCAAAACCCCGCGAGACCUGAGCAGGCCGGCUGUCAUAAGAGAGCCCCACGAGAAAAAAGUGGCAGCAUUGCUCGACGCUCUCAGCUCAGUGUACGCAUACAAAAACAAGAAGGCGAGAACAGAACAGCAUGCCAAGCACAAAGAAUUCCUGAAGCAGAAGGAGAAGGACGAGACUGAGAAGCAGAAGAGACAAAAGGAGGAGAGGAAGAAGAUAUACCGUUCCAUGGGACAGAAAGAGAAGAAGAAACUCAAAUCCAGUCUGAAGGGAGCGUCCAAGGACAAUUGAGGCCACCUUAACACAUAACUGAUUUUGAUAAAUACGACUCCAGGCCUGUUUGCGAUAUGCUAUAGACUUAAUUCUCACACCAGCUGUUCUUACCAAGCUGGAAUGAGGCGUGCGGCUAUCGACACUGCUGGAGAUCUGAAAAUGGAUACAAUAUCCCCAUAAACAAGAACCGUGAAACUGCCUGGUGUAAAGGAAUUUACAAAAAAUAAAAAGUUUCAUGUUGUCAAAAC